AUGUAUAGGCCAAACCAGUCUGAUCCUCCACAACAGCCGGAAUGGCAACAGCCAGCGCGCCGUCCGGAGCGUGCGCAACCACCACCGCCGCCGCGGCCUCCAACAGCCACAUACACACCAGCAACGUACGGUCCAAUAUCACCUGCGUCGCCGAUACCGCACCCAGACUCCCGAACAUGGGGCGUUCAAUACAAUAAACAUGAAAUCCACGCCCCUCCACCUCUUCCUCCUCGACCAUCUAGCACCAAUGAACAGCCAUACGCCUAUGCGCAAGCUCCCUCAUUGAACACAAAUGCUCAACCAGGCCCAAGCCAGGGUUUCGAAGCAUUUGCAGAUGCUCAGCCAGGGUCGGCUACUAGCAUUCCACCUCCAUAUAAUUUUCCACCACCCCAGAAUCAAUCCCAGCAUCAACAAUAUCAGAACAGUACGAAUGUUCCUGCGCCGCCUCCUAAAAUUCCCCAGCAUCAAGAUGUACCGAUUCAGCAAAGUAUUACACCUUCUCAACCUCCGUUACUUGCACAAGGUAUCGGCCCAGCAGCUUCACAAGGCUCAUAUGGAUUUCCACCCAAUGCUUCAUUUGGGGCCAAUUCAGCUACCACCUUUUCAUCUGCGUUGGGCCCGGGCUUGCCUUCAGGAUGGGAGCACUUUGGCUCCACAGAGGCUGAUUUUGAUGACUCUCCAUGGUUUCCAUCUAGAGAGACUGCCCCGCCAUCAACUGAGUCUGUCCAAACACCUCCAGUAGUAUUCCCCACAGGGACGGCAGCACCUAUGACUUCCACAGUGAUUUAUGCUGCUCCGCCACAGCCACAGACACAAUCACCUGUCAAUUCUCGCCAUGAUACGCCUGUCUCUAUGUAUCCGACCUCGGUUCCACAACGAACAGAUUCUAUUUCACCCCUUAGUCCCUCGGCAGGGUAUGGUGGCCAUACUCCACCUCCCCCAGCCCGUGUUGAUUCUGUUGAUUCUGUUGAUUCUGUUGAUUCUGUUGAUUCUGUUGACUCAUGGUCACAGCGUGCUGAUAGCAUUGAUAAUGUCAUUGAUGCUUGGGUGAAGCCCUUGGAACCUUCACCAAAGCCGGCUCAGCUCAACCCUGCAGAUCUUGCGCCUCGUCCAGACAUUUCAUCUCACAAAGGUCCCAUUGAGGCUCCAAGACCAGUGCAUUCUCCUUCCCAGGACCUAGUGGUCAAGUCAAGUGCAGCAACUCCGAUAGAAGCGCCACCUAGUGUAGUUGCACCUCAAAAUGUAGACCCUUAUGAGGAUCUUGACCCCUGGUUCAAAUCAUCUUUAACACGUUACAUUUCAAUGUUACGUAAAGAAGCAGUCGCAGACUCAGAUGAUGAGCGGUAUAAGAUCUUUACUGCGUUCAUGUCGAAGGAGGCAAAGCUCCGUGAGAUUCUCUACAAUAUUGAGCACGAGCCUGCCGUUACGGAGCAGAAACCUCAGUCAACUUCCCGGGCUCCGGAUCCAUCACCUCCAAGUACUCAGGAGCCCCAAGUCCCGAUCGAAUCUGGACUUAUUCCUGUAGAGACAGAGGAAGACAACUCAAUCACCAACGAAAAUAUCAACAAAAAUAUCAAACCAAAAGUCUAUGAUGGGGACAGCGACGACAGUGAUGCAAACGACAGUGCAGGAAGUGACUCGGAAUAUAGUCCAGGAGGACGUCCAGUCCUGAGGAAACAGACCCGCCGAGGAUCAGCGCAGUGGCAGCCCAAUCUUUCAUUGUUGUCCUCCGAAGAAGCUCCCAAGGGGCACAGUUCUCAACUUUCUUCAGUCCCUGAUCCAGAAGAAAAACAGUCAUUGGACCCUCUUACCACGAACCCCCCUAUGCCAAUUUAUACCCCGUUCCAGUACACUGAGGGUCCGCAGCGUGGUUCCGAUAACCUGACAUUCGACCGUCCAGCAUACCAGGCUUACUCCGAUUUACGGCAAGCAUCAGCAAAUGGACGAAUUAUGUCCAAUGUUCCUCCUGUAUCUUCCGACCUUCCUACUUUCACUCUUUCGACAGCGGCUCAGGGUGAACACGAUGAGACAUUCCUCGGCAUAAUCCGUCACAAGAGCAAUGCUUACAAGUAUAGUGGUCGACGGUCUACCACUCCACUCACAUCGCUACCGGAAUCCUUAAGGCAGGGUCCGUACAGUCUCAUAGAAGACUUACGUGCAAUGGUCUGGAAACCCUUGGAUAAGCAGUCAGAGAGCCCGUGGCACAUCACAACCAGAAAAGAACUUGAGAAAUUUUCGAAUUUAUCUUAUGUGCAACAAGCUAUUGAUGAGUGGGAGCGACCCGCUGCAGUUCGUCGGCAAAGAAUUGAUCAAGCCCGUACAGCCCGACAAGAGGAUUCAGAGGCUCAAGUCGACGCCCUCUUCAACAGAAAGGAGAUCGGCUAUGCUGAUAUUAACAUCCUAGAAGAGGACUUUCGGCAGACUGAAGCCCGUACUCAAUUAGACGAAGAACGGCAGGAGGUUGAAAAGUUCGUGACAGAAGUGUUCAAUACUUUAGAUGAACGCCUGAAAAAUGAAAUCUCUGCCCUUCGCAAGUCGUACGACUCAGCUUUGGGUCACCUUGAGCGCGAACAGCAGGACAAGAGCAAUGCUUCCGACCGACGAAGCCCGUCUAUGACCAUGAAAAUUGUCAAUGAAAUUCACGGCAAACUCGAGGAUCGGUUUCAGAAACGCCUCGAGCUCGCGCUAGACAGUGAAAGGCGCCGAAAGAGAGCUGAGCGUCGUCCGCUAGUGUUCAUGGGCGACAAGACAAGUCUUCAAAAGCUAGACGGUGACUUUGACCGCAUGGAAAAGCGGAACAUUUUAGAGGCAGCCAAAGACCGUGAUGGACGUGCCAAUCGACUCAUGGACUCCUUUGACGAUGCAAUUCUUCAUGGGCUAGGCAUGAAUCAAAGCCUCUUGGACGAACUUGCUUCGAAGGCCGCUCGGCUUGAUCCUAAACCCCUCCGGAGCUCUGGCCUGCCAGAUUCUGAAAUCGAACAAAUUCUCAAAUCCACAUCCACUUUCACAGCGUCCCUUCGUGCUGAUUCCGAGUCGAUUCUUCGAUGCUCGGGAGUCGCGGAAAUGGCACUCAACGAUGCCGAUUACGCUGUAUCUGUUGCCGAGGCGCAAUAUGCAAACUCAGAGCCGGAAAUUUUCGAGCGACUCGAGGCCGAAAAGAAAAAAGAGGAUUUGUCUCUUCAAAGUGACUUGGAAUCCAAAUUGCAAAGUAUCCAGAAAGGUCCCCAGGAUUUGGAUGCGACCAUUGAACGAGUCAUAAGGGACCUAGCAAAGAGUCCGAAAUUUCCGUCUCCCAUGUCUUCCGAUGCAGAGAACGAUGGUCCCAUGAGCCAGCCGGUCGGUUUGCAGCCUUUGGCACCACUUCCUUUGGGCCUUCGGCCGGCUACUGUAGCUCCCAGUCCAACUCCAGCCCCAGUAUCUCACAGUCCUGAUCUGAAGACAGAGCACCAGGACAGACUUCGCAGAGCGCUGGAGGAUGCCAAAAAGCGGAACGCUGCCAGGGCCAAUCAAUGA